CAAUAAAACGAUAAAAUAAUCAAUAUCUCCUCGAAUUUUUGUACAAUUUUGAAUCUCUAUCCGAUUUUGGUGACUAGCAAUUUGCAACAUCAGCCAUGGUAGGCACUUUGAAGGCAGUGGCUGUAAUCUCUGGCUCUGAUAACAUCAAAGGCUCUCUUCACUUCAUUCAAGAUUCCUCUGGGGUUACACAUGUCAAAGGCAAGAUUACAGGCCUCACUCCAGGCCGCCAUGGUUUUCAUAUCCAUGCUCUUGGUGAUACCACUAAUGGUUGCAACUCCACUGGGCCUCAUUUUAAUCCGAUGAAGAAGGACCAUGGAGCUCCGUUUGAUGCCGAACGCCAUGCGGGUGACCUGGGAAACAUUGUUGCCGCCAAAGAUGGGGUUGCUGAUAUCUCCAUUAGUGAUUCUCAGAUACCACUUAGUGGGCAACACUCGAUACUUGGGAGAGCUGUUGUGGUACAUGCUGAUCCCGAUGAUCUUGGACGAGGCGGACAUGAACUCAGCAAGACAACAGGGAAUGCCGGUGCUAGAGUAGGAUGUGGUAAUUAUCGUCGGCUCUUGCUAUUCGUAUUUGCUCUUCUGUCUUAAUCUGGUAUAAUCGGACUGCAAUCGUCUGUUUAGAUCCUACGCAUAUACGGUGUUAAGUCUUGAUGGUUGAUGGCCCAUCUGAUGUUCUUAUAUUUUCAUCAUCAUAGUCAGUGUAUCCCGCUUAUCAUCAUCAUCGUCAUCAUUUUCUGUUCUUAUAUGUAUGAGCUUAAUCCUUCAAAUAUGCAAGUAGCUUGUAUAGCAUUGUGGCCGGUAAUCUGUGAUUUAGGGAAGUUCCGCUGUACGAGGCAUUGUAUUUUACUGAUAAAUGUAUGAUAGUUUGGUUGUGAUUAGAGUUGUGCAACGGGUUGGGUUGCAUUGGGGUA